CUUAGUUAUUUUACAUAAUUUUAACAAAAACCUUCUCGAACCAAAGUCAAUAAAGUCACUCCCAUAGUCCCAUGGUUCCAUUUUUCUUCUCCUCACCGGUCACCACUCUACAUUCUUGUCUCUUCCCCAUGAACACUCAUAAAUUCUAGGGUUUUCUUCCCCAAAUCUAAGUUUUUUCCUACCAUUUCCUUCUCAAAAUCUCCCAAUACUUCUCUACCAAUCCCUCUUUCUCAUCCCUUCAUUUCUCUUUCAUCAAUGGCAAAAACACGCCCAGGAAAGCGAGACCUUGAUUCAUGUACCAUUAAAGGCACCAACAAGGUAGUUCGAGUUGGAGAUUGUGUUCUAAUGAGACCUGCUGAUGUGGGUACACCACCAUAUGUUGCCCGAGUUGAAAAGAUAGAAGCAGAUAAUAGGAACAAUGUGAAGGUGAAAGUUAGAUGGUAUUAUAGACCAGAAGAAUCCAUGGGAGGAAGAAGACAAUUUCAUGGUGCAAAAGAAUUGUUCUUGUCUGACCAUCAGGAUGUACAGAGUGCUAAUACAAUUGAAGGGAAGUGUACUGUUCAUUCAUUUAAGAAUUACACUAAACUUGAGAAUGUUGGUACUGAUGAUUACUUCUGUAGAUUUGAAUAUAAAGCUGCUACUGGUGCUUUUACUCCUGAUCGUGUUGCUGUGUAUUGUAAAUGUGAAAUGCCAUAUAAUCCAGAUGAUCUUAUGGUGCAAUGUGAAGGAUGUAAGGACUGGUUCCAUCCUUCUUGUAUGGGCAUGACAAUUGAAGAAGCAAAGAAGUUGGAUCACUUUUUAUGCUCUGACUGUGUAGCUGAAGAUGAUCCUAAAAAAGGGGGCUCCACAUUCUCUUCGUCACCUAUGGAUGUUCGCAAGCCUGAUAACAAGCGGAGAAAGCGAUGAAAUACAUAGGUGAUUCAGGCCUGGAUUUCACAAGGGCUUAUGCUUGCAGAGCUUUAGGAAGCUCUAUUUAGAACAAACAGUUUUGAGAGUUGUAUAUCAGCUGUGAACCUUAAUGCCAUGCUAGUGCUCGAAACUACUACGGGGACUGUAAUUUCUUGUGUAUUAAAAUGUCCCGAGGCAUUGCCUGUAUGACUUGUCUGUAAUUUAAAUCAUGUGCAGAGUAUAAUUCAGUUCUACGUACCCAUGCGUGGAUUUGAUCCCUUUUCAGUGCCAGAUUUCCGUCAUUGUUGCUGCUAUUGCCGAGUUCUUUGUGAUGGGAAUCUCGACAUACCAUCGUUUAACCAUGUACAGAAUGGUGAAGUUGGUUCGGCCUCAGUUCAGUGAGGCAUAGUUAUUACUAGUUAACUUAUUAGUAUUAGAUUAGAUUAGGUGGUACAUGAUAGUAAUCUGGGUAAAACUCCCUGGACAUGGAUAGGAAAAUCAAAUGGUAUAUAAUAUUUGUGUUAUGGGAUGCCAAUUUCUUUAUGAAAAAAAACCGAUUCCUAUUUUCCUACAA